UGCUGGGAAGGGUAAACUGUUCGAGUAGGUCUGGCUGGGGCUUGCGAGAACAGGGAGUAAUGGGGGAACACCUAGGCUUUGAAAACAGAGCUGGACCUACUGCUGACUUGUUGAAUGACCUUGGGUGAUUUCCUUUCUCUUCAGUGGGCUUCAUAUUCAUUCUAAAUAUGAAGAAUUUGAUCUUAAUGGGGCCCAAGGGCCAGCCAGCCCUGCUUCUUGGUGAGAAAGUGAGAUAGCUCUUGGGGCUCUCAGAGAUGGUGUAACACUACCUGCCAUCUCUCCCUGUUAAUAAUCCUUGAGGAAAGGCACAAGAUCCCUCCCAGGAUGGAGGUAGAUAUUUCCUGGUAGAACUAAAAAACCUAGGUCUUGCCCCUUGUGAAACCACAGACCCGCCCUUGGCACCAGGCCAAGCUGGGGCUGCAUAAAACAGAGCUUGACCUCAGCUCUUAGCCAUACACCUUCCUGACAACAUGAGGUCCCAAAGCUUCUUGGUCCUGGUGGCGGUGCUCCUCGUCCUUGGGACACUGGCAGCCGAGGCAGCUGUUGUAAAAGGUCGUCCUAAAGGUCAGGGUGUUUAUAAAGGCAGAGGUCCGGUCAAAGGUCAAGAUCCAGUCGAAGGUCAAGAUCCAGUCAAAGGACAAGAUCCAGUUAAGGGACAAAACCUAAUGGAACUCUACACUAAUCCUGGUUUUUGCCCCAAGAUGCUGGUUGAGUGGGACGAUCCAAAUCUCCCUAAGCAGUGUGUGAAGGAUUCCGAUUGUCCAUGGCCCUACAAGUGCUGUCCGAUGCGCCUUGGCGGGUGGCGGUGCUCCCCAGCUGAGAUGGAGUCUAUUCUUGCUGCACGUUGAAGUCCCCAGGGAAGCAGGCCCUGGUGCCGGCAGCGCUAACCUCUCCUACAUUACUCCUCUUCCUCUCAUCCAGGAUGCCCAAGCCUAGACUGCCUCUCUCAUGGACUUUCCAAUAAAAAACCACUUUCA